AUGUGCAGGGGGUCAGGGCAGACCCACCGCCUCAGCCACCGCUUCCGCCUCCAUGAGCUCUCCGAAGUUCCCAAUCUCGCUCUACGCCAUUGGACACUUCCCCUCCAACCCUUUUACCCUUUUUUCUCCUCAUAUUCCCUAGGUCGUGUCAAGAUGGCGAAAGGUCAUAAGCCAAAGCAACACGCGCGUCGGCAUUCCGAGGCCAGCAAUGCGCCUUCCGAGCCCUCCAGCCCCAACAAAACCGACAAUGUGUCCAAGCUGAACGCGCAGCCUGAGCAGGAAUCCGAGCAAUCCGCCUACGAGAAGAAGAAGCAAACCUUCAUCACCCGGACGAUAUGGACUUUCGUGAUGAUCGCCGGUUUCUUCGUUGCCUUGUUUUCGGGCCACAUCUUUAUUAUCGCCCUGGUCACUGCUAUCCAACUCGUUUCGUUCAAGGAAGUCAUCUCGAUUGCUAGCAAGGAUAAGAAGAAGAAUGAGGGCAAGAAGGAACCAAACCUGCGCUUCACCAAGACCCUCAGCUGGUAUUUCCUCGCGACAACCAUGUAUUUCCUGUACGGCGAGAGCGUGAUCUACUAUUUCAAGCACAUCUUGUUGGUGGACAAGGUUUUCUUGCCCCUCGCGAACCACCAUCGCUUCAUCAGUUUUACACUCUAUGUUAUGGGCUUCGUUAUUUUCGUCGGUUCCCUGCGCAAAGACACCUACAAGCUGCAGUUCCAGCACUUCGCUUGGACUCACAUGGCGCUGUACCUGAUCGUGGUCCAGGCUCACUUCGUGAUGAACAACAUUUUCGAGGGCAUGAUCUGGUUCUUCCUUCCCGCCGCGCUUGUGAUCACCAAUGAUAUUUUCGCCUACGUCUGCGGUAUCACCUUUGGUCGCACCCAAUUGAUCCAGCUUUCCCCCAAGAAGACAGUCGAGGGCUUCAUUGGCGCCUGGAUCUGCACCAUUAUCUUUGGCUACUUCAUCUGCAACAUGCUUAUGCGCUCCAAGUACUUCAUUUGCCCUGUCAACGACCUCGGUGCGAACCUUUUGACCGGCCUCGAGUGCGUUCCAAACCCUGCUUUUGUCCCCUAUCCCUACUCGCUCGAGAUCUUUGGCCUAGAUAAGACUUUCUGGAUUGAGCCCAUGCAGUUCCACAUUUUGAGCUUUGGUACUUUUGCCUCUCUUGUUGCUCCGUUCGGCGGUUUCUUCGCCUCUGGACUGAAGCGUUCUUUCGGCAUUAAGGACUUCGGAGAGUCCAUUCCUGGUCAUGGCGGUAUUACCGAUCGAUUUGACUGCCAGUUUAUCAUGGGUUUCUUUGCCUACAUGUACUACCACAGCUUCAUUGCCAUCUACAAGGCCAAUGCCGGUGACAUCAUCGAGACUGCUAUUAAUGGUCUCACUGUCGAGGACCAGCUGGAGGUUGUGCGCGGUCUGAGCAAGUAUCUCUACAACCAAGGCGCCGUUUCGGAAACAAUUCUGAACUGCCUUACCAACGAGCUUAAGCGAUGA